UGUUGUGUUUGACAUUGGAUGUGUUUAUCAAUAAUCGAAUUGGAAAAGUGCCGAAUCUGUUCAAGUCGCGGAUUCGUUUUUUGUUUGCGAAAUAAUCAAGGUGGGAAGUGUUUUGUGUGCAGCCGUUGCUGGUAAAUGCUUGUAUUCUGAACGAACGAUCAAAAAAGGUAAUGCUUGGUGGAGCGGCUGGCCGAUUUUGUACGCCAAGCAGUGUAGCUGGUCCGUUUCGCUUGUGUGCAGUAACAGGAUUUCAAAAUCGAACAAACGAUAUUGUGUAUUGUCCGCCAUUAAUUCGAGGAAACGAUGAAGAAUCAACAGCAGUUGUUUAUUUUGGUGGAGAUGUUCAGGAUUUUCCGGAAAGCAUGGAAACAAAUCGAGACAGUCGGGGAUAUAUGAAAUAUAAUUUGGAAAGUACGGCCGCCUUGCUUCGUAAUGGUUUUCCUCGAUUUCAUAUUAUAGUUAUUCGCCCAGUAAGAAUGGAGUUCAAAACAUUUAGUUGCUUCGAUAAUUUUGUUCGAGGGAAUAAUGCAGGAGUGCCCGACCAUACGCCCAUGAAUCAUGCAUUACAGCAUCUGGAAAAGCUUCUUCAAAACAUAUCAAUACGGUUGAAAUCGUUGCCUGAUAAUGAAAUAGUUGCACAAGUAGCAUCUACGUCAUCGGCAUCAAAUAGCGCGCCUAAUAAUGAUGGAUCUCAAGACAUGGAUAUCGAUAUAUUACAAGUUCAAGAUACCGUCACAGUACAUGCCGAAGAUGCAAUGGUCUUCCCAUGUCGCGAAGAAACCAACAAUGUUAUCACUUCAAUACAUUCGAAUGCAAGUGCGACGAACGAUAUCAUACAAAAUAAUAUCCAUUUUAGUAGUGCAGAUUGUCAGAAUUUACAAAUGAACAAAAAUAAUCAUAUGUGGUGGAAAGAUAAUGUAAAUUUAGAUAAAUCAAAACUAAUACUUAUUGGUUUUAGUAAAGGCUGUGUUGUUCUUAAUCAAUUUAUAUACGAAUUUCAUUAUUUGAAAACUCUGACACCAGAUGAUAGCACAAUGAUUCGAUUAUUAUCACGUAUUCGGGAAAUGUAUUGGCUCGAUGGCGGUCAUGGCGGCCAGAAAAAUACAUGGAUCACAUCAAGAAGCUUAUUGGAAACUUUGACUAGAUUAGGUAUAAAUAUUCAUGUACACGUAACACCCUACCAAGUACAGGAUGAUCGUCGGCCAUGGAUUCGGAAAGAAGAAAAAAUAUUCACUGAUAUGUUACGCCGUUUAGGAGCACCAGUUACAAGGCAACUACAUUUCGACAGUACAGCUGCCAAUCUAUUCACUCAUUUCGAGGUGCUUCAGGCCUUCUGUCAGCACAUACAAAUGCAUAAUCAGCAGCAACAUCAAAUGCAAGGUCAACAACAACAACAACAUAGAACAAUCACAGAUCCAGUGAAUGACGUAAAGUGACAACGAUUGAAUAAGCAUAUAUUAGCGUAUGUAAAUAACUAUCGUAGAUCAAAACGAAAAAGCAAGAAAUUAAGUUCAGCAUCACGUGGCUAACCCUCUUUUUAAUAAUUUAUGGUUACUUCAACGUUGUGCGUUCGUUAUUUGAUUUCGAAUGCCGAGUUGCAAUUAGAUUAUUAUUUAUUACCGAUUUUCAUGCGAAUUUUGAACGCCGUCAGUUGUUUUUCUUCAUCGUUUCUAUGUAAAGUGCAAUAAGAAUCUGUAAACUGGAAUUUAGAAAUCCCCCAAUGGCACACAGUUGCGAGAAUUUGGAUAGUUCAGUUGCGCAAGUACUCCCAAGAACAUUUUUUUAAAAAUUUCUUUUAGCCAAUGGUUCAUGUCGUAUUCUUUUUAGUGGAACGGCAUUUCAAAUGCAUCCUUUCUCCUCCUUCUAUUAUGAUAUUAUAACAAGCCAGAGAUAACUAAGAAUAUUAUCAACAAUGAAUGGGGAAUAAUUUACAUUUCAAAUGGGUCUGUUGCGCCAUUGUAAGCUAAAUUAGAAUUGUCGAUUAUACACGUUGCUAGUCCUAUUUACAGUUGAACUGUAGAGAGAGCGAGAGUGUUAGAAUCUGAACUAACCAACUUAAACCUUAAACCAGAUCUGCAAAAAAAUACUUAUGUAGUAGAUUAAGACGUUUAUAUUGGUAAGAUAAUCGAUUAAUUUCGUAAGUUUGCCGGAACUCAACCAUGAAAUUCAUUCAAUGUAACUCAUCUUUGCUGACAUUUAUUUACACUUUCGUAAGAUAUACAUAUUUAAUGAUGUUUUAUAUUUAUUAUUUUGGUUUUUAUAUUUUCAGGAAAAUUAUUUAUUUUUUUUUAUAUGAAAUCCAAAAAAUUUGUCAUUUGGACUAGGCUAAGAAAAUGGUGGUAACUGUUAAUAAACCUAAUAAAUUAUAUGCACAAUUUAAA